UCUACGACUAUGCCAGAACUCAGACCUCAGCAAAAGCGGCGUGGUCCGAGUGUUGAUUAUAUAUGGCAGCUAUGAAUGACUUGGUCAAGGAAGGCAUGCAUGGGGACUGGGCAUUUUCAACUUUGAAUAUGAAUUCUUAGACCUUUCAUCUUCCCUGUUCUUUCUGUCUUAGUCUUGGAUGGGGGAAGGAGCAGGUGCAGAGAAGCCCAUGGAGUUGACGGCCUUGGAGGCGCUGGGGAAAGGCUUCGAUUUUGCCAGUGAUUUCAGGCUCAAGUUCGCCAAGGGGAGCGGAAGGUUGGUGGUUGUGGACGAGCGUAACAAGAGGGACGUUGUCAUUCCUGGCGGUGCCACCAUUCGAGGAGUUCCCCAAGAUAUUCGAUUUGAUAAAGGGGAUCGUCUCCGCUUCAAGUCCGAUGUGCUUGAGUUCAACCAGAUGUCUGAGUUGCUUAAUCAGAAAUCUUCAGCACGAGGAAAAAUUCCGUCAGGCUAUCUUAAUGCCAUUUUUGAAUUAAGCGGGGACUGGUUUACUGAUGCUGCAGACACCAAAUAUCUUGCUUUUGACGGAUACUUCAUCUCAUUGUAUUAUCUGCACUUAACAGCAUCUCCGUUAGUACUGCAAGAGGACGUAAAGAAGGCUGUUCCAUCUCGUUGGGAUCCUGCUUCGUUGUCUAGGUUCAUCCAGACAUAUGGGACACACAUGAUAGUAGGAAUGGCUGUUGGCGGUCAAGACUUACUUUGUGUUAAGCAGAAACCCUCCUCACCCAUUCCUCCUGCCGAUCUCAGAAGAUAUUUGGAAGACCUUGGAGAUUUCCUAUUUUCAGAUCAAAGAAGCCCUUCACUAUUACAGAGGAAAACAAGAGAUGGCAAACAGAAAGUUCCCGAGGUCUUUAAUCGUGUAUUACAUUCAAGCACAAUGCAGUUGACAAGUACUUCAGAAACAUCAAGCAAGGAUGGCCUCACUAUCAUUUGCUCAAAAAGGGGAGGGGAUGUGUUCUUGCAUGGUCACUCCCAUUGGCUCCAGACAGUGCCUGCUAAACCUGAAGCAAUCCUCUUCAAGUUUGUUCCUAUCACUUCUCUUCUUACUGGGAUUCCAGGCAGUGGUUAUCUUAGUCAUGCAAUCAACUUGUAUCUACGCUACAAGCCCUCUCCAGAGGAUUUACAGCACUUCUUGGAGUUUCAAGUUCCUAGGCAAUGGGCACCUAUGUUUUGUGAGCUGCCUCUAAGGCAUCAAUGGAGAAAGGCCAAUUGCCCUCACCUGCAAUUCAGUUUCAUGGGUCCUAAGAUCUAUGUCAGCUCUACCCAGGUUUCCACUGAUGAAAAACCGGUAGUUGGCCUACGCUUGUACUUAGAAGGGAAGAAAAGCAACCGGUUAGCAUUACAUUUACAGCAUAUCUCAAGCCUUCCGAAUACAAUGACCCUUUCUUUGGGUACCACAACCACAAGCAGCUCAUUUCUCUGGCGAGGUUCUGAUAAUCAUGAGCUUUGUGACCAGUUCCUAGAACCAGUCAAAUGGAAGAGUUUCUCAAAUGUGUGCACAGCGGCGGUUAAGCAUGAUCCCAGCUGGCUGCAGGGAGAUUCUAGUGGUGUUUAUAUUGUAACAGGUGCUCAGCUCUUUAGUAAAGGAAAGUGGCCCAAGACGGUACUUCACCUACGUCUUCUCUUUACCCACUUAUCUAAUUGCUCCAUCCGAAAGACAGAGUGGAGCGGUGCACCAGAAGGUUCUCGCAAGUCAAAUUUCCUCACAAAUCUGAGCACAACAUUUACAUUCACACAGCGGACUGUUGCUGGUCCACAAAAGCAGACUCCAAAUAUGCUGAACUCUGGUGUAUAUCCGGAUGGUCCACCUAUACCUGUUCGUUCCACUAAGCUGCUUAAAUACGUGGAGUCGGCUGAGGUGGUGCGGGGACCCCAUGAUGCUCCAGGGCAUUGGUUAGUUACAGCUGCUAAGUUAGUCACCCAGGGUGGUAAGAUUGGUUUGCAUGUAAAGUUUGCUCUGUUAGACUAUUGGUGAGUUAUAGUUUUCAUUGUAUAGUGAGGCAAAUAGUUUCUGUCAUUGAUUUUCUUUGGUUGAUUUGUCCAUUUAAGAAGUUUUGGAACUGAAGACAUGUAGAAUCGCUAUAACAGCAUAUUUUUGUGCAGAAAAUUACACUGGAGGAGUGGCUUUUUUAUAGGUGGAUGUUGACGAUUUUGUAUGCUACGAGUGAGUCAAAGUUUUGGAUUUUCUUAAUUGUUACUGCUUUGUAA